AGGCUUAGACGGUCAACAACGAACAAACUAAAAACAGCCAACUUCCCAACCCCUUGCCGAGCUUUCCGCUCCUCUAUAAAAACCCGGCAUCGCGACAUCGAAUCGGGUCAUCAACAAUUCAAUCAAACAUGGUUUCCGCCCGCACCUCUGCCCUGGUGGUCCUCAUCGCCGCGGCAACCACCACCCUCUUGCUCGCCCACCACGCAGAUGCGGGCCGAAUCUUGGAAGAAGUCGAUCUCUGCCAAAAAACCGACUACCCGAUCCUCUGCAGGACAAUGGUGAAGAGCAAGGUGAAUGCGGAGAAGGCGACCCAGAGCGCGAUCAACUACCUCAUCCUCCAGACGAGGGAGGCGAAGACGUCGUCCUCCAAGGCCAAAGCCGACAAGUCGCUGAUGGACGUGUGCAACGAGAUGUACGACGACGCCUUGUCGAACCUCGUGACCAGCCUCCAGAACCUCAAGUCCCGCGACAAGCCCAGCCUGCAAACCAACCUCUCCGCCUUCAUCUCCGACCUGGAGACUUGCAAGGACACGUUCGCGGAGUCCAACGCCAAAUUGCCCUUCGAGAACAUCAUCCGCCUGCUGGAGCAGAUGGCCAGCAACUCCUUGGCCUUGGCCGCCGGGCUUCACUAAAUCAUCCGGUCGUGACAUGGAGAAGAACCGGAGUGACCGUCAUUGCAAAUUCACUUGGCGUUUGAGAGUUGUGUUGUGGGGGUUAAGUGAGGGAGAGGGAAGCCAUGUCUUAGAUUGUGAAUUGCAAAGGGUUUCUGAUGGAAUUUCACGCACUACUUAGAAACCUGUGCAUGUUUGAUAUUUGAUUCCAAUAAAAGUUACGAUCAAGAGUAUUGAUUUU